AUGAAGGAAACUGGUGUUUUCCUGCUCUUCUCCCUGGUGCUCUGCUGCUACCAAGGAAACACUGAGAUGGAUGGAGCUGCUGGCAAAGGAACAGAGGGAGUUUGUGGCGAUUAUUCCCUAAGAAAAGGUUGUGCAAAGAUCUUCGACCCCGUCUGCGGCACAGACAACCUCCUAUACGACAACGAGUGUAUGUUGUGCUUUCAGAACCUGCAAAGAAACACCAAUGUGCGCAUAAAGAACAGAGGAAUGUGCCAGAAGCCCUCUCCCCAGUCCAACUCCACUCAAAACUAA